AUCCCAAUAGUGUCCCCUUCAAAUACAAGAUCUUUGAUGAACCUAAGGGUACAGCGCAGAACUGGAAAGUCGAACAUCUCAAUGGAACUAGCAUGAUACUCAAACCCAUAGAAACCUUUUGGCCUGGUCAGUACAGUGUAACCCUUUUAAUAUAUGAUCAGCAGGGGAAAUCCUGUAGUGACAAGCAGGUUCUAAAUAUUGCCGUCUGCACCUGUGAAAACACCAGGGCCUGUGUACCAGUCACCGACAGACUUCAGUCAACUGGAGCUAGACUUGGACCUGCGGCUAUUGGUCUUAUGAUUCUAGCACUCUUACUGCUGCUACUUGUGCCUCUUCUGCUGCUAUUUUGUUCAUGUGGGGCUGGAGCGGCAGGCGGUUUUGUCCCAAUUACUGAUGGUUCAGCAGGACAUUUGAUUUCAUAUGACACGGAAAAAAUAGGUGAAGAUAAGGCAGUUCCACCUCUUGUACCAUCAAUGGUCAAGGACAUCAAUGGAGGAGGGGGCAGUGGCAUCAAGUCUGCUGGACAAAUUUGGUGGCGAAGAUCAGUAACAGCAGAACAGUGGCACUCCAAGGGAUGGAGUGUAGAUGCCUUUGAGGGUGUAGCUCUACCUGAAGCUUACUUGGAACAGUACUAUGUGGAGAAAACUAAAUAUGUUUUAAUGGAAGGUCAUUUACAAAAAGAUGCCAUGUUGGUGUAUGAUUAUGAAGGCCACGAGUCACCUGUGGGUUCGACAGGAUCUUGUAGCUUUACUGAAGAAGAUCUAGACCAAAGCUUCCUAAAUGAACUAGGACCAAAGUUUAAGACUCUUGCUGAAAUCUGCAGGGGCACAGAGAUGACUUCAGGAGUUUCAGUUGAGCAGCCUGGUGUUGCUGUUCAGCACACCACCGUGUCCACUAACCCAGUCAUCACCAAUAAUUGUGUGGUGACCAACAAAACCGUUGAGGUGACCAGCCCAGUUCCAGCACCCCAGGUCCAAAAGAAUGUGGUUGUCACAGAAAACGUGUCUCCUCCUCAGCCAACCGUGUAUCUCCAGAAAAAUGUGGUUGUUUCUGACCCUGGCUUCGUUCAACAGCCUGUAUACUAUGCCACUAACCCAAUCAUUCAGACCACUCGAUACAUUGUUGAGCCACAGAUCCAAAGGAAUGUCGUGAUAGAAAGGUCUUCUGUCCCUGGCUUGCAAGGCCACCUUCUAAUGAGUGACGUUCCAAGCACUCAGAAUGUGAUGGUGACCCAGAAGAGAUUGGUGCAUGGCUCGGGUAAUCAGGGUGGCAUGAUGGUGGGGUUAGAUCAGGGUACUCUGCGCACGAGUGAAAUACCAAACUCACAGCAUGUGUUACUGCUGGAAAAUAGAGGUUUUGAUCAGGGAAGUAUGCACUUCAGUGAACCUGUUUCUCAUAAUGUGGUGUUGACGGAGAAGAGAGUGGUGUCUGGACAUAAUGUGCAGGGUGACAUGAUGGGGUAUGAACUAGGCAGCUUGCACAGGAAUGUGAUGCCUGGUUCACAGAAUGUAACAGUAACAGAGAAGACCGUGGUAUCUGAGUCCAGUAUGCAGGGUGGAAAGGUGGGGUUUGGUCAGGGUACUCUGCGCAUGAGUGAAAUGCCAAACGCACAGCAUGUAACAGUGACAGAGAAGAGAGUGGUAUCUGGAAGUAGUGUGCAGGGUGGGUUAAUGGGAUGAAGUAAGAUGCACUUGGCAUAUAUAAAAGGUUGUUUAACAAACUCGUGUGAGUGAGGACAGAGCAAAAAUUAAGCCCACAACAUAGACGGAUAUCCUUUACAUUUGAAUUAAGUAUUAAAGGAUUCUGUAUCUAAAUCAAGGAAAUUUAAUUUUAUCCAAGGUUUAUGCCAGGGUUCUGGGAAUUUGUCUUGAAUGAAUACAGUAAUUCAUUUUUAAUUGUCAAAGGCUGUUUAUGUAAAAUACAAUCUGUAUGGAUACAUAAAUGCUUGUGUGCUGUAUUUGUGUGUGCAUAUAUAAAACAAUUGUAAUCCAAACAGUAAUCAGUAGAUGAACUUGUUAGGUUUAAAGGCUUGGGGCAUGGCAUAUACAUUUUGAAUGAAGAGUGGUUGAUACUUUGAGCUUACAGGUUGGAUCAGUUGUGCUGUAC